AAGCACAGGUUUAAAAUAAAGGCAUAUAAAAGGCACGCUGACAGGAUCUUUGCUUCAUUUACAGUCAUGGAUUUUAACGUUGCUCUUGGACUGUUUACAGCACUGGCUGUUCUCACCUUACAGCCAUAUAAUACAGGAGGUAGAAAUGUUAUUUGUCGCAAAGAUCUGCGCAAGCUUCAGAAGCGCUCGGGUGAGCAUGCCAUACUUCUAGAAGGUUAUGAAGUUACGCCGAAGGAUGAGGAACGAAGCGGUGACUGUGUGGAAUACGAGGCAUCCGGUCCUUUUCCCUCUCCUGCUCCACAAACAACCGCAGUGUAUAAAGUACCAAACACGGUUAAGCCAGUCCCAUCCAAAAACCGGUGCUGGGUGUACUAUGGUAAACCUGUGAAGCUGUAUCUACGCAUGAGGAAGUUGCCCACACUCCACAAUUCUCAAGAGUACGGGGUGGCCUCUGGACCACAUACAGGGGGAAUAAAUGGUUUUGUUAAUAGCCGGCCCAGGGUGGUGUGUGGGAAAGUGCUAACUGCAACGGGAACUUUCCCUAAAGAGCUUCAGUAUUACUCUAACGGAAACCAGGGAAAGCAAAAUAAUAAAGGGCCAGGGACGGCUAAGCCAAUAGUGGGCAGGCCUGCGAUGGCUAUUCAGGUUUCCAAAAGUGGAAGUUCCAUGUUUUACAACUUUCUAAAAUCUUAUCAGGGAGUGCUGGCUGCUCAGAGGACCAGGGGAAGUUCAGUUUCUUCUCGCUGUGUUUAAUGUGCAGGGCAGAGCACUAGAUGAGUUUUUUCGUAUGCUAAUUUCAAUUUUCAUGUAAAUAGCUAACUGCUUCCUUUCAGCAUGCUCAAAAUGGGCUUCAUGCAAUGCAGAUCAACUGGCGGUGAGAUCAAAGUGAAGGUGGUGAUUGUCACAGUGUGUACAUGUAUGUAUUUGAACAUCAUUGUAUAACCUUUUAUUUUGAAAUAUAGUUGUGUUGUACCACUAUGAAACAUGUCUUUGUUAAAAAAAAAAAAACAACUUUUGUACAAAUGGCAUUUCUGACAGUUUUUGUAUGCUUCAGCACAUGACUAUGUAAUUAAUAUAACCGCAAAACAUU